AUGUCAACGAGGCCACCUUCCCGCGUAGUGUUCGUGGGGAAUAUUCCUUAUGGCCUCUCAGAAGAGCAAAUCACAGAAAUCUUCAGCCGCGCCGGCAAAGUUGAACGAUUCCGACUAGUAUACGAUUCGGAAACUGGCCGCCCAAAGGGCUUCGGCUUUGCAGACUACCCAGAUACCGGUUCGUCGAAUACUCGCCUGCCCCGAGUCCACCAAAUUCACUCUACUGACCUCGUCCUUCCUCCCCUAGAUAGCGCUUCGUCCGCGGUACGAAACUUGAACGACUUUGAGGUUAUGGGUCGCAAGCUCCGCGUCGAUUUUUCUAAUGAACAAAAGAGCGGCGAUGAUGACAACAAUCUCUCUACAGCGAAUCCUACAAAUGGUGCAGCCACCAGCACAUACGCCGCGCAAGCAAGCUCUCUACCUCCCCUUCCUGCCGGCAAAGAAAUACCUCCCGGGCUGACCUGCACGGAUGCCAUCUCACGGACACUCAACACUCUUCCUCCCUCCCAACUACUCGAUAUCCUAGGCCAGAUGAAGACGCUGGCUACAACCGAACCCCAAAGAGCCACAGAACUGCUCCAACAAGCACCGCAACUUUCUUAUGCUGUAUUCCAGGCGCUGCUUCUGAUGGGGCUGGUCUCCCCUGAGGCAAUUCAAUCUGUUGCUGAUCCCACAGCACCUAUUCCAGCAGUACAACAACCGGCACCAGCCUAUCCAGGUUCGGCGGCAGUGUCAGGCUACCCGGGUGCAAACAACACACCACCAGUCGCUGCGAUGCCUUAUGCGCCCCCUGCAGCUCAGCCGAGUUAUGGCGCACCAGCAGCGCCAGCGCCAGCAGCAGCAGCUCAGGACCCCGAUGCGCUGAUGAGAGCAGUCAUGGAUUUGACACAAGCCCAAAUCGACAUGCUACCUGAAGCUGACAAGCAACAGAUCAUGGCCCUAAGAGCUACGUUUGCAGGUCAGCGGAGAUGA